AUGUCUGCAAAUCAUCCCAAUCAACAAAAUAUUGCUUCUCGUCAAGGAUCAGAUUCAAACUUGAGAGCUCGUGGACUUCAAAACACGCCACCAGUUCAAGCAACCUCCAGCUCAACCAAUCAAGCAAGCACCAGUCAGAAACGCACUCGGAAUGACGUCACCACUCCGGUAACUGGUGUUACAUGGUCCCUCUCCGACACCAUUCCCUCACUGAGAAAUAUCAAAACGAAUUUCAAAGACAACGUGAAUAUUUGGAAAACAGAUGGAACUUCAAUCGACCCAAAGAAAGUUCCAUCUGCGAUUGUGGUCCAAGCAGUAGUUUCGACGCUCAAACUGAAGUCGAACGAUCGGAUUCAAGUUGUUGAAAAGUAUGAGGCUCGUCUGGCGUCUGGGUGUUACGAAGCGCGACGUGCCCAAGAAAACGGAUCCUGGAAGCAGGAAAAAGAAGAACUUCUCAUUCCAGGACUUCCAUCGAAAAAGUUCUCGGGCUCCGAUGAAAAUUCUCAAAAUCAGAGUGAAAAUAUUGUGCAAGAUGUGUUCAUGCACAACUCAAUGCCUGGUUCCUUCUAUGUCCUCUGGGAAGGAUGGACCUCGGACUUUCUCUACGAAUUGAGUCAUGUUGAUGUUCAACAAUCAGCAUCGGAAGCUGUGAGACUCGCGAAAAUAAGAGAUGCGUUUCUUGAUGCAUUCAAUGCAGCAAAUGGAACUGGAGAGCUGGAUGAGUUCGUGGCAAGAGAGAAGUUCCUUGAUUGGAGUGUGAGAAUGGAACUGAAUCAUUAUUUCUGGACGUUCAAAGACCUCUCAUAUUUCCAUAGUCAACUGCAUGCCGAUCUCCGAAAAGGACCAAUCUUCUAUUUCUCUUUGGCAAAAGAUAUGCAAAAUCCUCCUAAUUUCACGUAUACGAACGUGAAUGUUGUGCGCGAGGACGCAUACAUUCGAUGCCUUGGAAGGUUGGCAAAUCAGAGUUUCUCAGAAUUGAGAGGAGUUGUCGGCCCAGUCAGCUCCUGGACGGCUUGUUCCAGGCCACAGCAUUGCAAGUGCAAUCAGAGAGCUUUGUUGGCCUAUGGAGCUACUGUUGGUGGACGUGUCCGCCUUCUGCAAUACAAUUCGGAAGGGCUUCUGCAAUUGGAAAACUACGACUUCGAUGAUGCAAGAAUAUUAGUGGAAUGCUCGAAUACAUGCCAAUGCAGUCCGGAAACUUGCCAUCGUCGUGUCGUCCAGCAAGGGAAAGCCGUCGCCAUUGCCGUCGUCAAUGGAAGCAUUGGGUAUGGUGGGUACGCUGCGGAGCCCAUCAAAAAAGGGCAGUAUAUCGUGGAAUAUGUCGGAGAAAUGUAUUUAUUGAAAGAAAGGAGAGCUAAAGAAAACGUGGCGCCAUUCAAGAAAAUGAAUACUCAAUCCCAAACGAACAUCGACUUCCGGCUCACCGAGACCCAAAGGGACGAGAUGCCCGAUGUGCAUGAACUUUACAUCAACAAACCGGCGAAGUCGAAACGAGGCACGUCUUAUGAAGCUGGAUUCUCAGUCAUUGAUGAAAGGAUCGUCAUUUGUGCUUCAAAAGUUGGAAACGUCGGAAGGUUCCUAAACCACUCUUGCGAUCCAAAUGCGACUUUUGUGGAAGUGCACUCUCGUUGCUUCGAAUCAGAUCCACUGAUUCCUAAGAUUGCGGUCUUUGCUCUUCGAGAUAUUGCGGUCGGGGAGGCAAUCACCGUCAGAUACUACUCCGAUGGACAAAUGACUGACAAAAGAGGAAUAAAAUGCGGCUGCCGAGAUAACUGCCCCAAUUAUCUUCCUUGA